CCAGCAUAAGCUUUCCUUUCCCUUCCCUGACUACACCCCGAGAGGAGGAGCGUGCUGCGCGGCGUAGUGGGCGUCCGGAUCCUCAAUUUCCAACUUAGCAUCUUGGCAGGACAUUUUCCCAAGCAAAGCCCCCGUCCGACGGGUAAAAAAUAAAACUUCUGCACGGGCAUGAGAGAGAGCGAUGGUGCAGCUCAGAUAAGGGAGCGACAGAAAGACAAAACUACCCCCAAAAACCUCCAACGGAGAGUGGCUGACUGGCAAACGACAAUAAUUCACCCCGCACUCAAGACUCUUGUUAUUUCAACAACUUAGCCCUACUUUUUUCCCCCUUUUUCUUUUUUUAGUUGUCAUUUACACGAGGGGACAGACGCCUGGUCUGCAGACAGACAGCUCUAUGCGCUCCGGUAGCAGCGCAUGAGAAAAUAAAAAAAGGGGGCGAAGUGCGCAAGUUAAGUGGCUGACACUCUCCGGGCUCCAGCAUGGCGUAUCCUCAGGGCUACUUGUACCAGCCCUCCGCUUCCCUGGCCCUGUACUCCUGCCCUGCCUACAGCACCAGCGUUAUAUCGGGACCCAGAACCGAGGAACUUGGGAGAUCCUCCUCGGGAUCGGCGUUUGCGCCCUAUGCCGGAUCUACCGCGUUCACCAGCGCCUCGCCGGGCUACAACUCCCACUUACCUUACAGUGCAGACGCGGCGGCAGCUGCCACAUUCACCUCAUACGUGGGCUCCCCCUACGACCACACGAGCGGCAUGGCCGGCUCCAUAGGGUACCACCCGUACGCGGCCCCGCUGGGCUCCUACCCCUACGGGGACCCCGCGUACCGCAAGAACGCCACCCGGGACGCCACCGCCACCCUGAAGGCCUGGCUCAACGAGCACCGCAAGAACCCGUACCCGACCAAGGGCGAGAAGAUCAUGCUGGCCAUCAUCACCAAGAUGACGCUCACGCAGGUGUCCACCUGGUUCGCCAACGCCAGGAGGCGGCUAAAGAAGGAGAACAAGAUGACCUGGACCCCUCGGAACCGCAGCGAGGACGAGGAGGAGGACGAGAACAUCGACCUGGAGAAGAACGACGACGACGAACCCAGCAAGCCGUUAUUGGAUAAGGGAGACUCGACAGACACAGAAGCAGAUCACAAACUACUGAACCCAGGGGACAACAUGGACAGGUUUAAGGAAGAGACCCACGGCAAGUCGGACUCGGAUCCUCUCCUUAGCGACUCGGAGUUAAAGGAGCAGGAGGAGCGGACUGCGGAGCUGCUGCGGCCGGACUCCGCCAAGCCGACCACGUCGUCGCCCCCCCGGGGGAGCAGCAGCCACGACAAGCCGGCAGACCUGAGCCAGCACGCGGCCAGCACGGUGACCAGCAACGUGACCUCGGUGAUCCACUCCCCGCCCUCGGCCCCCAAACCCAAACUGUGGUCCCUGGCGGAGAUCGCCACGUCGUCAGACAGGUGUAAAGGCGGCGGCGGCAGCAGCCCCGGCCUGCAGGCGCAGAGCGCGGUCACGGGCUCCAUCAGCGCGUCCCCGCCACGGUCGUCCCCGCACCAGUGCGCGCUCCCCAGCAGCACGGUGCUGUCCAGGCCGCUGUACUACACCUCCCCUUUCUACCCCGGCUACACGAACUAUGGCGGCGCUUUUGGACACCUUCACAGUAGUAACCACGGCUCGGUGACCACGGGCUCCACGGCACAUUUCAAUGGAUUAAACCAGACUGUGUUAAAUAGAGCAGAGGCUUUGGUCAGGGAGAGCCAGAAAGUGAGAGGCCAAACGCAGGUAGAUCUUUGUAAAGACUCCCCUUAUGAACUAAAGAAAGGUAUGUCAAAUAUUUAAUACAAUGAAUAUUUUCCACUCACUGCGGACUUUUAUUUAUUUUUUUGUGGUUGCAUUAAAACAAAAAAGAAAAUAAAAUGAUGAAGCAAAAUUCUGAAAAAAACAGUUAUUUUCUGAGUAAAUGCUUAUCCUCAAAUUUUUAGUUUCUGAAUGGUUAAUCCUAAAAUGUAACAAGAAUGGUCUUAAUCGCUGCAGCCGCCUGAGUCUAUUUGUAUUAAAGACUAACAUGUAUAUUUAAUGUAGCAUUUUUGUAUUUAAAAUGGACAACACACUAUCUUUGAAGUAAAUUAUGGAGAAAAAAAAACAUACUUGUGCAGCGAUUGUUUUGGGGAACAGCUGGCAUUGCCUGACGUGUCGACAGUGCUUUAAGGCCAGUUAAUCUAUGCGAGAUUUUAAUUCCGUUUUGCACAAUGACAGAUGGUUCAAAGGUAAUUAUUUCGAAAUGUCGACGCAGGGAGAAUUUUUUGACAAACUUGAAAGAAAAGGCCUGCAUUCAACUCAAGGAUGUUGCAAUAUUUAAACGGCCAAAAGCUUCUGUUUCGUUUGGCUUGUG